AUGGAAGCUGCCUGGAUUUCAAAGAACUAUGGUGACGAUCUGUCUUAUACAAGCAGGAAGGAUAAGUACGACGUCAUCGGCCUGGCUCAAACGAGACGACGCCACCCAUUCAACGCCUUCUAUGACACAGGAGAAGAACUGUUCCUCGGAACAUGCGGCAGUAGAGGAGUCGACGGCGUCGGCGUCAACACGAGUUUGUCCAUGAACAUCGAUUCAUUUGAACAGCUUACAACCCGAAUCGGACGUUUACCACUAAAACCAACUUUGGUUUACCGGCCAAUACCGGCUUUGAAAGUUUUCGUCGUUUACGUGCCGACAUCAAACUAUGACGAAGAAGAAGUUGAAGGGUUCUAUAUGGACUUGGAGAAGUUCUACAGAGAAGGCCAUACAUUCUUCAAGGUCAUCCAUCAUUGGAGAUUUCAACUCCAAGACUGGUCCAAGAAGAACGUCUGA